AUGGAGCAGAAGCCCUUGAGCUUUCACGUACCAAGCACGACAUGUCGCGCCACGAGGCAGAGAGAAGAGACAGAAUGGGAUCCCGUCAGCGAGCAGAGGCUACUGCGCAAAAUGGAUUGGCAUCUCAUGCCUGUGCUGACUCUCCUCUAUCUGUUUUGCUUUCUCGAUCGAGGGAACAUCGGCAAUGCCAGGAUUGAGGGCAUGGAGGAGGACCUGCAUCUAGUGGGUUCACAGUACAACUGGGCUCUCACGGUGUUCUUCUUCACGUAUACGGUCUUUGAGCUUCCCUCCAAUCUGAUCUUGAAGAAGAUCCGUCCGUCGAUAUGGAUACCUACAAUUAUGGUAGCCUGGGGAGUUGUCAUGACUUUAACGGGCGUCGUCUCAAACUAUUAUGGGCUUCUUAUUGCACGACUUUUUCUCGGGAUCACUGAAGCCGGUCUCUACCCUGGAGUAGCCUACUAUAUCACCAUGUGGUAUUCCCGCCACGAGGCACAGCUGCGUCAAGCAAUUUUCUUCAGCGCCGCAAGUUUUGCCGGUGCUUUCUCGGGGAUUCUGGCUUUCGCGAUCGGAAAAAUGGAUGGCGUCGGAGGCUAUUCUGGCUGGCGCUGGAUCUUCAUCAUCGAGGGUAUUGCUACGGUCGUCGUUGCGGUUGGGGCCUAUUUCCUUUUGUACGACUAUCCAGACACUGCCUCGUUCCUUACGAACGAGGAGAGAGCCUGGGUGCUGUAUCGCCUGCAGUUGCAAUGGUCCGACAACGGAAACGUCGUGCCAGACACAAUUGCGUUCAGGUGGAAGUAUGUCUGGGAUGCUCUGUGCGAUUGGCAGGUCUAUCUGGGGAUUCUUAUCUACCUUGCCAUGGUGUGUCCGUUGUACGGCAUUUCCUUCUUCCUCCCUACGAUCAUCAAGGACCUGGGUUUCACAUCCUCAAUGGCUCAACUGUUAACGGUCCCUCCCUACGUGGCCGCCGCUGUCGCCGCUGUCGUGUCCGCCUGGUUUUCCGACCGCAUGGGUCAGCGCUCCCCGCUGCUUCUGUUCCAUCUCUGCUGUAUCGUCUGUGGAUUCCUAGUUUGCCUAGCGGGAUCUGUGACAUGGGUUCCGGGAGUGAUCUACUUUGGAGUCUUCCUUGCAGUUCUUGGAAUUUACCCUGCCAUUCCAAACCUUGUUACCUGGCUCAGUACCAAUCUCGCUGCCAGUCACAAACGCGCCGCCGGAAUGGCCAUGUAUAUCGGCAUUGGCAACUUCGCAGGAGCGAUGGCCUCGCACUUCUAUCGCACACAGGACGCCCCUCGAUAUAUUCUCGGCCAUUCCCUUGAGUUGGGAUUCGCUCUGAUGGGCGUGAUCUGCGUGAUCGGGAUGAGGGUGGCCUAUCAGCGGAUCAAUGCUCGACGAGUCGAUAAGUUGGUCGCGCUGAGACCGGAGUAUACGGUUGACGAGUUGCGGGCCAUGGGGGACAAAUCGCCAACCUUUCGGUACAUGUUUUAG